AUGUUGCACUCGUUAACGCGGAAUGAGAACUUCUGUGAAGUAAUCUAUGUAUUAUUCUCUAAGUUUGAGAUCUAUCACAUGUUCAUGGCAUUGCAUGUAUCAAGUCAACAAACAUUUAUAAAGCCCGGUUAUCUUCGUGACACUCAAGACUACUGUACAGACUCAGAAUGUUUGACUGACGGUGGUCCAACUGCGAUCGCCACCAAUUCAAUCUUACUAUGGACUAUGCUCUGGGGUUUCUUGGCUUUAGUAUUGUUCUUUCUUCGUCCUAACUCAAUGCGGGGUAAUUCUCAAGGACUUGGCAAACCUGGCCCUAGCAACGAUCGUAACGUGAGUUUGGUUUUUGUGGACUUGAAUUUAUGUUGAAA